UUUUGGAUCGUUGAUUCAUAGCGGAAAAUCCGAGGAGACCUUGAGUUUUUGUCGUUUGAAGAGGUACUUUUUAGGUUUACACUUUUAGGUAUCAUUUACCAGAUUUCUUCGUUUCCAUUUUUGCCCACUAUAACUCAGAAAUGGCUGAUGAAAAUGUGGAGCUUCUCGAUUACGAUGAGGAAGUGGAGGAGGUGACCGACACUGGCGCCCAGGCCACCGAGGAAGAUGUAACAGUGGACGUCAAGAAGGCUGGCGCUCGACCGACCCAGGGAUACGUUAGUAUCCAUUCCUCGGGAUUUAAAGAUUUCCUGCUGAAGCCUGAGCUCCUGAAGGCUAUUUUCGAUGCUGGCUUCGAGCAUCCUUCAGAGGUUCAACACGAAUGUAUUCCGCAGGCCAAUUUAGGUAUGGACGUCUUGUGCCAGGCCAAAUCUGGAAUGGGAAAGACUGCGGUCUUCGUGCUCUCCACGCUGCAACAAAUCGACCCUGUCGACAAUCAAGUUUCGGUCCUGGUGCUGUGCCACACACGGGAGCUGGCCUACCAGAUUGCCAAAGAAUACGAGCGUUUCAAGAAGUACAUGCGCACCGUGAAGCUGGGCGUGUACUUCGGCGGAUUGCCCAUCACUACGGAUAAGGAUAACAUCAAGAAAGCCUAUCCUCACAUCGUCGUGGGCACACCGGGCAGAAUUUUAGCGCUGAUCCGUGAAAAAGCUUUGAACCUCAAUCACGUGAAGCACUUCAUUUUGGAUGAGUGCGACAAAGUGUUGUCACAGUUGGACAUGCGCAAAGACAUUCAGGAAAUCUUCAAGCUGACACCGCGUGAGAAACAGGUGAUGAUGUUCAGCGCCACGCUGCCCAAAGACAUUCGUCCAGUGUGCCGGAAAUUCAUGCAGGAUCCCCUGGAAGUGAUGGUGGACGAUGAUACCAAGCUCACACUCCAUGGCCUUCAGCAGCACUACCUGAAACUGAAGGAGAGCGAGAAGAGCAAACGGUUGUUUGAGUUGUUGGAUCUGUUGGAAUUCAACCAAGUUAUCAUCUUCACAAAAUCCGUACAACGGUGUAUGGGUUUGUCUGCUUUACUGGUUGAGCAAAAUUUCCCCGCCAUUGCCAUCCAUUCCGCGAUGACCCAGGAAGAGCGUCUCAGCCGUUAUCAACAGUUCAAAGAUUUCGAGAAGCGCUUGCUUGUGGCCACCGAUCUCUUUGGAAGAGGUAUGGACAUUGAGCGUGUCAACAUCGUCAUAAACUACGAUUGUCCUCCGGAUUCGGAUACGUAUCUGCAUCGUGUGGCCCGUGCGGGUCGUUUCGGAACCAAAGGUCUGGCCAUCACUUUCGUCAGCGAUGACAGCGAUUCUAAAGUAAUGAAUCAAGUUCAAGAUCGUUUCGACAUCAGCGUAUCUGAACUUCCGGAUGAGUUGGACCUCAGCCUGUAUAUCGAGAAGAAAUGAGCAUUGAUUGGGGGAAUUACCAGCCAUUGGGUUUUUGUCGUCGUAACCUAUGUAUCUAAGUGCAUCGGUUUUCAUUCAUAUAUUAUAUCUCUGGUAUGACCUCGUUUUCUGGAUCGCCUGGUAUACUUAUUUGCUGUUUGCUACGAGUUCGACUUGUGGUGUUUGUUAUUAUUAUAAAUAGCUGCUUUUAUAUACCUACAUGACGCGCAUUGAUUAUCCCUUAUUGUAUUUUAUCGUCGACGACAGCAAUUGGGAUUGAUUGUUGAGUACUACUUUGAUAAAUUUUGAUAAAUUCCCAAACCAA